UUAUCCCCUGGCUUGCCGUAACAGAGGCAGAGCAAGGCCACAGUGUGAGAACCGCGGAAAGAGAUGAGCUUGCAGCUCUUGCCCUUCGCUUCAACACAGCUACCCCCAUCUCCACUUCACUCCAAACCUCUCCCUUCUACCCUCCGCAGUUUCUCCCAAAGAACCCACAUCCCAUCUCACGUUUAUAGGCACCCAUCUGCUAUUCUCUUAGAGCUAUGCACUUCCAUUAAAGAACUCCACCAAAUCCUCCCUCUUGUCAUAAAGAACGGCCUCUACAAUGAAGAGCUCUUUCAAACGAAGCUUGUUAGUCUCUUCUGCAACUAUGGUAGCUUAACUGAAGCUGGUCGUGUUUUUGAACCUAUUGAGGAUAAAUUAGAAGCUCUUUAUCACACUAUGCUCAAAGGUUAUGCGAAGCACUCAUCUUUAGAUGCUUCCUUAUCAUUUUUUUGUCGAAUGAGGCAUGAUAGCGUUAUACCUGUUGUAUAUAAUUUUACUUAUUUGUUGAAACUAUGUGGUGAUAGUUCGGAUCUUAGGAGGGGUAAGGAGAUUCAUGCGCAAUUGAUAACUAGUGGGUUCUCGUGGAAUCUAUUUGCUAUGACUGGGGUUGUAAAUAUGUAUGCCAAGUGUAGGCAAAUGGAUGAUGCAUAUAAGAUGUUUGAUAGAAUGCCUGAGAGGGACUUGGUUUGUUGGAAUACAAUUAUUUCUGGAUACGCACAAAAUGGAUUAGCUAAGGUGGCAUUAGAGCUGGUUCCAAGGAUAUUUGAGGAAGGCCAUAGGCCAGAUUCAAUCACUAUUGUUUCAAUUUUGCCGGCAGUUGCAGAUAUGAGGUCAUUGAGAAUUGGCAAGGCAAUUCAUGGAUAUGUUCUCAGAGCCGGGUUUGAGUCUCUUGUGAAUAUUUCAACUGCUCUUGUGGACAUGUAUUCAAAAUGUGAAUCCGUGGGGACUGCUAGACUAAUUUUUAAUGCGAUGAGCAGUAGGACUGUUGUUACAUGGAAUUCAAUGAUUGAUGGGUAUGUACAAAGUGGAGAGCAUGAGGAAGCAAUGGUGUUAUUUCAGAAGAUGAUGCAGGAAGGGGUUCAACCAACUGAUGUUACUCUUAUGGAAGUUUUGCAUGCCUGUGCUGAUUUGGGAAAUCUUGAGCAGGGAAAAUUUGUCCAUAAAUUAGUGGAUGAGAUGAAAGUCAAUUCUAAUGUUUCUGUUAUGAACUCUUUGAUUUCAAUGUAUUCGAAAUGUAAGAAGGUUGACAUUGCUGCCAAUUUGUUUGAAAACUUGCAAAAUAAAACAAUUGUAUCAUGGAAUGCCAUGAUAUUAGGUUAUGCCCAGAAUGGGCUAGUAAAUGAGGCCUUGAAUUCCUUUUGUGAGAUGCAAUCUCGAAAUAUAAAGCCAGAUUCAUUCACAAUGGUGAGUGUCAUUCCUGCUCUUGCAGAGUUAUCAAUUCCACGUCAAGCAAAAUGGAUUCAUGGAUUCGUUAUACGGAGGCUUUUAGACAAAAAUGUUUUUGUAAUGACUGCUCUUGUUGAUAUGUAUGCAAAAUGUGGAGCCAUUCACACUGCAAGAAAGCUUUUUGACAUGAUGAGCGAAAGACAUGUGAUAACUUGGAAUGCUAUGAUCGAUGCAUAUGGGACACAUGGACUUGGAGAAGCAGCUGUAGAACUUUUUGAGGAAAUGCAAAGGGGGCUUAUCAAGCCAAAUGAUAUUACAUAUCUAUGUGUUCUUUCUGCUUGCAGCCACUCAGGUUUGGUGGAAGAAGGGCUAAAGUACUUUGAUAGCAUGAAGAAGGAUUAUGGACUAGAGCCCACAAUGGAUCACUAUGGAGCCGUGGUUGACCUUCUUGGUCGAGCUGGCAAGCUCAAUGAGGCUUGGGAUUUUAUUCAGAAGAUGCCUUUUGAACCAGGAAUUACUGUUUAUGGUGCAAUGCUGGGUGCUUGCAAAAUUCACAAGAAUGUUGAGUUGGGGGAGAAAGCAGCACAUAAACUAUUUGAGUUGAACCCAGAUGAGGGUGGGUACCAUGUGUUGCUUGCGAACAUAUAUGCCACAGCUUCAAUGUGGGACAAAUUUGCUGAAGUGAGAACUAUGAUGCAGAAGAAAGGGCUUCAGAAAACUCCUGGGUGCAGUUUAGUGGAAUUAAGAAAUGAGAUUCACUGUUUUUAUUCUGGAAGUACAGGCCAUCCUCAAUCCAAAAGGAUCUAUGCUUUCCUUGAGACGCUAGUUGGCAAGAUCAAAGCUGCUGGUUAUACGCCUGACACCAAUUCAAUCCAUGAUGUGGAAGAUGACGUUAAGGAGCAGUUGUUGAACACCCACAGUGAAAAAUUGGCUAUUGCCUUUGGACUUCUGAAUACAAGCCCAGGAACAUCCAUCCAUGUCAGGAAGAAUCUAAGAGUUUGUGGUGAUUGCCAUAAUGCAACAAAGUACAUUUCACUUGUGACUGGAAGGGAAAUCAUAGUGCGUGAUAUGCAUAGGUUUCACCACUUCAAGAAUGGAACCUGUUCUUGUGGAGAUUAUUGGUGAAUUUGGCUUCUCCUGUAUGUUGAUUCUUGAGCAUUUGUAUUUGCUAACAUCAGUACAGAUUUAUGGGAGGUCAGGGGGCCUAGACGUGAGGUUUCACUUAAGUUCUUUGCAAAUCUUUGGGGCGUCAUCUGUGAUCAAACUAUGGUAUCCAAACCUAUUAUCAAUUGGAGUAUUCAAUAACAGAACACGCUGAUAUUC